GCCAAUGAAUGUAAAAAGCAUAUUCAACUGACUUAAAAGUAACCAUAGUUACAGUAGUAAACUAAACUUCCGAUACCACAUGGCUGCGUCAUGGGUACUAGUAGUAGUAGUACUAGUACUAUAGUUAUUGUAGAUAUUAUGUAUUUUCCUCGAACAUAAAUCAAACCUAACUCUACAACAUGAAAUAAAAUCACAAUAUACGAAAAUUUAAAAUAACAGGCAUUGACACUAACAGUCAUCGGCAGGCAAGUUUCCUGUCAUGGAAAACCCAAAAGUCAGUAAAUCAGAAAAGCCAGAAUACAAUGAUGACCAAUUGUCUGCAGUUGAUACCAAAAAUACAAAAGAACAAAAUAGUAAUGCUUCAUCAGAUACUUUAUACAACUCUUCUACAGAACAGGAAAUGGGAACUCAAGAUAUAGAUUUAGAAAACUGCUCUAUAAAUGAUGAUAUGAGUGAACAAAUAUACUCUUUUCCUAGACCUGGUGACAACAACUAUAUUGCACAGGAAGAGUCAGAGAUUGAUGUUGAUCAUCAGAUCCAAUCUGAAGAGUUGGACUAUCAUGUAGAACUUCCUGAGCCUAACGAUAGCAAUCAGAUUACACCUGAAGAAUCAGAUAAUUAUAUAGAAGUUCCAGAGCCUAAUCAGAUUUCAUAUGAAGAGUUGAGUAAACAACUAGACAUUUGUGAAUUAGAUGAUAACAGAAUAUUACCAUUUGAUAAUUCAGAUAGUCAAGUAGGUAUUUAUGAAUACAAUGAUAGCAGUCAGAUUCCAGUUGAUGAGUCAGAUGGUCAAAUUAAAGAAAAGCCUGAAGAUGAUAAUCUUAACCUUCUUGAAGAAUCAACUGACCAGUUAGAAGUUCUUGAAUAUGAAAAUGACAGCCAGAUUCAAACUGAUAAAGAAACAGAUCCAAUGUAUAUACAAGUAGAAUCAGAAAUGAUUGACAGUCUACAAAAUGAAACAACUCAAAGAUUAAGUAAUGAAACUUACCAACAUCAAGGUACAAGAACAGAGAUUGUCCAGACAUGCAAAACCAAACCUUUCUUAGGAGGCUAUCGACACAAAUUAACUGGAGUAGAGUAUCACCACUCAUCAACUCAAACAAUUCCAAAAUCCAAACCUGAUAAAGGAAUAGAAACAUUCUCUCGAGAUACUCAGACCACAAAGUUGAAUCAUCAACAACAGCAGACAAAUAAAGAUGUCUACACACAGGUAGAAAGAUCUGAUGUUUACCUACCUUCACAGAGUGACAAAAUUCUGGUACCUCGUAAACCAUAUAUCACUAUAGAUGAGAUUCAACAAAAAUUAUUAGACAAAGUUGUGUUGAUUCAAAAAUACUGGCGUCGAUGGAUAGCAAGGCGUUUUGUGAGAGAGUUGAGAGAAGCUUUACAAAAAAAGAAAAAGUGGGAGGAAGACCAGAAGUUGAUGCAUCAGAGGAUGUUAGAUCAGGCUUUGGAGGAUGAAUAUCGUCGAAAGCUCAAUCCUCGCAGGAAGACAGAUUUUGAACUUCUCUUCUCUGCACUAGAUCAAUGGCGUAAUGAACAAGUGGAAACCAUAGAAAGAACCAAGUCUGGAGCUGAGAGGAAAGCAGCUCUUUGUGAUGUGACAGACAUGGAAAUGGACUACAUUGCUAUAAUUAACUGCCAACGUCAGGCUGCUAAUGUCAUCAACCGACAACAUAAUAAUCAAAAAUUUCUUCAGAAAGUAGCAGCCCCAAAACGCUGGAUUGGAAAGAAGGGUGUGGUAGAAGUAGACACAGUAGGAACUUUAAAAGCUGGAGAACUACGUGAUAUGAACUACAACCUUAGCUUGCACCAUCUAACUCGUGAUGAACGAAUGGCCGUUCUUUUAUCUCUAAAACACACCAUUAAAGAACAAGACUGUCAGUUAACUCGGGAGUUGACAACCUUGGUGGACAGAGAGCUUGAUCUCCUUGUUCGAGGCACGGAUAAAAAAUACUUGACAGGCUUGAGACAGUGCAUCAUGGAUUUGUUCUGGCAAUAUGCAAGACAACCAGCCUUCAACCCUGAAGUGGCAUUACUGCAAAAACUUUCUUCAGCUCCAGCAAAUGUUCCACAAAGAUUAGCCCACUGUCGUUACUGCGACACUCAUUACCUGAUCCCUAACGAAGGGUCUGGAGAUGUUGCCAGACAGAUUCUUACUUGGAAAUGUACACGAUGUCGUGACCUUGAAAAUGAAGGAUGGAGAAGACGAGAGGGAAGAGUCUUUCUUCAGAUGUUGAAGGAGGUGUGGGAUAAGGAGAGACAGUCUGGUAGCACUACUGGACUUGUGUUCCUUCUAAAUGAAGGAGAAAUUCGUUAUCUGGUGGAAAAGAUCUGGAAAGGAAAAAGUGCAUUAAGUGGCAGCACCAACCUUUUUGACUUGGUGUUCCUACGGUGGAACAAAGAAUAUGAGUGGACCCCCUGGAACUGUAUUCUCAUGAACAGGCAGGAAGCCAGAAAUCACUGUGCAUUAAACAGCGUUUCUCAGCAUUACAGCUCAACCUUUAUUCAACAAGUCCAACAGAAGCAUAUCGCAGCAAAGUCUUAUUUUUCCUCACUUCCUAGACUACUACCUUAUUUGGAUUUCACUUCAAAAGAUGGCAGCACGAGUAAUAUCAAGAUGUUACUAAAUUAAUAUAUAAAACUUGUUGAUAAUAAAGUGUAGUGCAAAUGAUAUAAAAUUCACAUAUUCAAUAACACUCUUCACAUAUAUUGCUGAUAUACAGUUAUAUGUUGUGUAUAAAAAUUGUUUGCAAGACCUAAAUUCAUUUGUCUUUAAAUUAGACAUACUUGAAACAGGGAAAAAUGACAGAUUAUUAUUUAAAAUUAUAACAUUAAUAAUAACAUAAAAAGUAAUAAUUCUUAAUUUCUCAAGAUUGUAUUAAGUGUAAAAUAGCGCGACCUAGAAUAUAUGACAUUUACGUAUUAGGCUUUCUCUACUGGUGAAUAUGAUGUGAUUGUGGAAUGUCAUAAUAACUUUGGUUUAUUUGUUUUUUUUAAGCGAAGCCACAUUGGGCUAUCUGCUCUGUCCGCUGCGGGGAAUCUAACACCGAAUUUUAUCAUUGUAAAUCCUUAGCCUUACCACUGUCUUUCCGGGGGGGGGACAAAUACUUAGGUAUCGGACAAUCAAAGAACACCGAUAGAAACUGGAAAGUGCUCAUCAACUUUGGGUACUCUUUGGAGGGAAUCUUUGUCCUGUGGUCACCAAAGUUUAAAACAGUUCUUUGGAGGGAAUCUUUGUCCUGUGGUCACCAAAGUUUAAAAACAUUUUUUCUCUGUAAAUUUUGAUCUGGAAACUUUUUUUACGAUGUUUAAAUUAGGGUUUUAAAAGAGGUAUAACUCCCUUUUGUGCUUCACUUUAUUGUAGCAGUAUGGUUAAAAAAAAACGACUUACACUCCCUGAGAACAUAUUCAAAUGUUAAAUGGUACUAUCUUGUACACUGUACAUCAGAAGACCAACCAAUCUGAGGGUCGCGGGUUCGAAUUUCCGUCCCAUCAAACAUG